UGACUGCUGGGAAAGGAAUCCAACGUAACCGUCCCUCUGGGGAAGGGGGCCAGUCCCCGACUCCCUGGCUCUUCCGCUCUCUGCUGUAACUUUGGGGUGUGGCGGGGGUUAGUGACGGCCGUUGACCCGGGAUCUGGGCGUGAAGGAGGCUUGUGGUCACGGUGGGGUUAUAGUCUUUCUCGCGGCCACUGGGGGAAUAAAACAAAUGUUUGUAAUCCGGAUUAUCCGCGGUGACUUGGGGCCUCCUCUACUGCCCAUUUAAAGUUAAAGGCCUGUUCUCUCAGACUUCCGCCCCUCUGAUCGUCCUUUGCCGUCUCUUUGCCAGCCAAGCCCAGCCAGGGGAGGGGUCAGGGCCACCAGGUGCCUGGUAAGGUUGAAAGACUGAGUGUGUAAGGCUGUGUUAAAGUGAGUCUGUGAGAGAAGGCAGGAUUUAGAGGAUUGCUUCCGUGUGAGUCUGGGGUGAGUACCUGAGUCCCAGAGCCUCACCAUGUCAGGGAAACGGAAGCGUGUGGUGUUAACUAUUAAAGAUAAGCUUGAUAUAAUAAAGAAACUUGAAGACGGAGGUUCUUCCAAACAACUGGCAGUGAUUUAUGGAAUUGGCGAGACAACAGUUCGGGAUAUAAGAAAAAAUAAGGAAAAGAUUAUAACUUACGCAAGCAGUUCUGAUUCCACAAGUCUUCUGGCCAAGAGGAAAUCUAUGAAGCCAUCCAUGUAUGAGGAACUGGACAGAGCAAUGCUGGAAUGGUUCAACCAGCAAAGAGCAAAAGGGAAUCCCGUGUCUGGACCAAUUUGUGCAAAAAGGGCAGAGUUCUUCUUUUAUGCUUUGGGAAUGGAUGGUGAUUUUAACCCCUCUGCCGGUUGGCUAACUCGUUUUAAGCAGCGGCACAGCAUUAGAGAGAUUAAUAUUAGAAAUGAAAGAUUAAGUGGAGAUGAGACAGCUGUGGAAGAUUUUUGCAACAACUUUCGAGACUUUAUUGAACGAGAGAAUUUGCAACCGGAACAGAUCUACAAUGCAGAUGAAACUGGACUGUUUUGGAAAUGCUUGCCUUCCAGGACUUCAGUAAUCAAAGGUAAAUGCACAGCCCCUGGGCACAAGUCAAUUGAAGAAAGAGUCACUAUCAUGUGUUGUGCCAAUGCAACAGGUUUACACAAACUUAAGCUUUGUGUUGUGGGGAAAGCAAAGAAACCUCGCUCCUUCAAGUCAACUGACACCUCAAACCUGCCAGUCUCUUAUUUCAGCCAAAAAGGUGCAUGGAUGGAUCUUUCCAUUUUCCGACAAUGGUUUGAUAAGAUCUUUGUGCCACAAGUUCGCGAGCACUUAAGAUCCAAAGGCUUGCAAGAAAAGGCUGUGCUCUUGUUGGAUAAUUCACCAACACAUCCAAAUGAAAACGUCCUGAGGUCAGAUGAUGGCCAAAUAUUUGCUAAAUAUUUACCACCUAAUGUGGCUUCGUUGAUUCAGCCCUCAAAUCAGGGAGUCAUAGCUACAAUGAAGAGAAACUAUCGUGCAGGUCUUCUCCAGAACAACUUGGAAGAAGGCAAUGACCUGAGAUCAUUCUGGAAGAAACUAACUCUGCUAGAUGCACUUUAUGAAAUAGCAAUGGCAUGGAAUUUAGUAAAGCCAGUUACCAUUAGCAGAGCAUGGAAGAAGAUUCUCCCUACCAUAGAGGAAAAAGAAAGCCUGGACUUUGAUGAAGAAGAUAUCUCAGUGGCUGCUGUGGCUACCAUUUUACAACACACCAAAGGAUUGGAAAAUGUGACUCCUGAGAACAUUGAAAAAUGGCUUGAAGUGGACAGUACUGAACCAGGCUAUGAAGUCUUAACUGACAGUGAAAUCAUCAGAAGAGCACAAGGCCAGACAGACGAAUCCAGUGAAAAUGAGGAGGAGGAAAUAGAACUGAUUCCAGAGAAACAUAUUAAUCAUGCAGCUGCUCUCCAAUGGACUGAAAAUUUAUUGGAUUAUCUAGAACAACAAGGUGAUAUGAUUCUGCCUGAUAGACUGGUGAUACGUAAACUUCGAGCCACCAUCAGAAAUAAGCAGAAGAUGACAAACUCAAGUCAGUAAUGGCAUAUCAGCAUUACCAUUGUUUUGGUAAUUGUGUUAACUCUUGACCUCUGCAAUAUGGCUUAAUUUUCUUUGUGUUCUGAAUUCUCAGACACAGCCCUGUGAAAUACAGAUACGAAAAAUGUAUCUGAAGUGGUUUGAGGAUUAUGUGUUUUGCAGCA